GUAGACUCUCGUUAAUCCGGUCACCCUUGGGACCAUGCAGCUUGGCCGGAAUAGCGAGGUGGCUGUAGCUCAGGAAAUAGCCGCGGCUUAAAAAAAGACCUUACCUCGAAUCUAAUGACUACUUUUGCGGUUUUUGUCUCGAGGAUAAUGAAUCAUUUUGUUCUCUAUUUAAGUGUAAUUCAAUUUUAUUUGCUAAACCACACCCAAAACGUCAUAUCCCGCCGUAAUACACGUAUAAAAUUACAUUGAAAACCUUGUUUGGGACAGCCAGCACUGGCCGGUAACCGGAAUAGCGAGUGGCCGUACUUCAGGGUGAGUUUUGUGCAGUAAACAUAUAGCUAGCAUUCCGUGCCAAGCCAAAUGGCCGGUAUAUCGAGGUGGCCGUACUUCAGGGAGCCGGAAUAGCGGGAGUCUACUGUAUUGAUACCUGCUGGAAUACAAAGUCCAGAGAGAAUUUGCAGAAACCGACAACCACUGCAUGUCCGCUGACGCAGUAUGAACGUUACUGCAUGGCAACUCAUUUGUCUGCAUAGUGCCCUUUUGAAAGAACUUUCAUUGAUGUGAGAGUAUUUAACCCUCACGCACUAUCAUUGCACGUAGAUAUCCACACACCCCAGACCUGCUGGAAUACAAAGUCCAGAGAGAAUUUGCAGAAACCCGACAACCACUGCAUGUCCGUUGACGCAGUAUGAACGUUACUGCAUGGGUGACUUUGCACUCCAGAAAGCUCUGUGAUUGAUUGGAUUCAUCAGUACAAUCGCUGCUGCUGGCUUUGUCAGGAACUCUUAACGGGAAACUUGCUGGAUUGCAGUCAUUAGAGUUGAAGGUGUUUAGAGAACAUUGACUUUAUAGAUAGGUAGUAUUUACCUUAUUUAAUCAGUUGUACUAAUCAUUGAUUUACGUGAAUAUCUAAUUCUGACUGAGUUUACAAUACGUGAGCAAAUAGGAUUACUCCUUAUUAUUUAUGAUUAGUACAACUCACUAAAUCAAGAGGAACGAUCUUCCUACUAUCCCUGAAGCAAGAAGCUGUUACAAAAGGCCAAGAAGAAUUAUACCCAAAUAGAGAGCACCACCACGUGGUCCAACAAUGCCCCUGGUUAAAUGCCCAAUAGAAGGCUGUGAGUAUGAGACCCCUGAUGUGGAACCAAUAAUUGCAGCUGCACUCAUCACAACCCACUCAACCAGCCACCGGGCACCUGAUAGACCAACACAGGCAGCAAGAGUCGAACAGGUGAAAAGGCCAUGUAUUUCAUCAGCUGGCACGACCGAGGACUGGCACUACUUCAAGUCGAGAUGGAAUGACUAUGCACGAGCGACUAGGUUGGAAGGCACUGACAAGGUCAUCCAACUACUGGAGUGCUGUGAUGACCAGCUCCGCAAGGACCUCACCAGAAAUGCAGGAGGCUCCCUCACCAGAAUGACAGAAGAUGAAGUAUUCACAGCCAUGAAGAAGCUAGCAGUAAGAGAGGAGAACACUAUGAUAGCGAGGGUGACCCUCCAUAACAUGAGGCAAGAUCGAGACGAACCCAUACGGGCCUACGGGGCCAGAUUGAGAGGACAAGCCAGUAUUUGUAAGUUCACACACAAAUGUACUGGAUGUGACGCUGACGUAGACUAUACAGAAGCUGUACUCAGAGACGUGCUCUGCAGAGGCCUAGAAGACACGGAUAUCCAAAUGGACUUGUUGGGAGACAGCAACCAAGAGCAGAUCCUCAAAUUCAUCGAGGCAAAGGAAGCAGGCAAACGAUCGGCAUCCCGCCUGCUACUACCACAAGCCACUGAUGCAGUGGCGGGCAGUUCAUACAGAAAGCAGAAAAGACCACCAAUGAAGGAACCACUGCCAAAACACCAGGAUACCUGCACAUACUGUGGGACCAAGGGGCACGGGAGAAACCCCCCAACAAGGAUCAGGCGAACCGAAUGCCCAGCCUAUGGCACCAAGUGCAACCACUGUGACAAAGAUCACCACUUCGAAAAGGUGUGUAGAGUCAAGAACGGCACAAAGACGACCGAACACGGAGAUGCAAUUUUCGAUACACUAUGUGGGCUGUCCUCAACGGACAACUCUAACUCUACACCCCUGGACCACCACAUCUUCGAUCAGUUCACCAAGGGGUGGUUACGGAGACAAUCCAAGCCACAACCAUUUGUUAGGCUACAGAUGAGCGUUGAAAGAGAGGACUACAACCACUUUGGGUUCACCCUCAAAAAUCCAAGACAGCAAUCGUUUGUCAGCGCCCUGGCCGACACGGGCUGCCAAAGCUGCUUGGCAGGACUCAAAAUUGUGAAGAAACUGGGACUAUCCACAAAGGAUCUCAUUCCCGUCGCUCUCAAGAUGCAUGCAGCAGACAACCAUGAUAUACGCAUCCUCGGUGCCACCAUACUCAGACUAUCAGGGACCAAUGACAAAGGAGAAAAAACCUCAACCAGGCAGAUGGUGUAUGUGACCAGCAACACAGACAAGCUAUUCCUCAGCAGGGAAGCUUGCACAGACCUAGGGAUAAUCUCCAACAAAUUCCCAGCCAUUGACAGCGUCGAGGAAGACACCCCAAUGUGUGCCACUAUCACGCCUCAACCACAAGACUGCCAAUGCCCCAAACGGACCCAACCACCCCCUAUCCCCAAUCGGGAUAAACUCGAAAAAUACCUCCUCGAUCGCUACAAGUCCAGCACCUUCAAUGUCUGCGAACAUCAAACACUUCCCCUCAUGGAAGGCCCGCCAAUGAGGCUAAUGAUCGACCCACAUGCCACCCCAUCUGCCCAUCAUUCACCAAUACCAGUACCCCUCCACUGGCAGGAUGAAGUUAAAGCUGGCCUAGACAGAGACGUGAGAUUGGGAGUCCUCGAACCCGUACCAAUUGGAGACCCGGUAACAUGGUGCCAUCGUAUGGUCAUCUGUGCCAAGAAAACUGGCAAACCUCGAAGGACCAUUGACUUCCAAGCCCUCAACCUCCACGCCACCAGGGAAACACAUCAUACCCAGUCGCCAUUCCAUCAAGCACGGUCAGUUCCCCAAGGGAAGAAAAAAACCGUCUUUGACGCAUGGAACGGCUACCACAGUGUACCUCUUCACCCUGAAGACAAACACUACACCACGUUUAUCACCCCAUGGGGUCGUUACAGGUACCGUACAGCACCACAAGGAUACAUCGCUUCCGGCGACGGUUACACCAGGAGAUACGAUGAAAUCACCUCACUUGUCCCCAAUAAAACGAAGUGUGUGGACGAUACCCUCUUAUGGGCAGACAAUAUCGAAGAAAGCUUUUUCCAAGCAUGCAAUUGGCUGGACGUCUGUGGCAAACAUGGUAUCACCCUCAACCCAGACAAAUUCCGAUUCGCCCAAGACGAAGUAGAAUUCGCAGGAUUUGAGAUAACGAAUGACACGGUGAAGCCAUGCAAAAAGUACGUCAGAGCCAUCUCAGAGUUUCCCAUCCCACAAAACCUAACGGACGUAAGAUCUUGGUUCGGGUUAGUGAAUCAGGUAUCGUAUGCAUUCAGCAUGACUGAUGUGAUGCUCCCCUUCAGAGACCUACUCAAAGCCAACAACAAAUUCCAGUGGGACGAUACACUCCAACAGGCGUUCGAACAGUCAAAGCAGACAAUCAUCACAGAGAUCCACAACGGGGUGACCAUAUUUGACAAAACUAAACCAACAUGUCUUGCUACCGAUUGGUCAAAAAAUGGCAUUGGCUACUGGUUGUUCCAAAAACACUGUUCCUGCCCCUCAAACGACCUCUUCUGCUGCACAACCGGUUGGAAGAUAACCCUAGUGGGCAGCAGAUUCACGCACGCAGCCGAAUCCAGAUAUGCCCCAAUUGAAGGUGAAGCACUGGCAGUCGCAGAUGCCCUUGACAAAUCACGACACUUCGUCCUGGGCUGCAACAACCUAACCAUUGCCGUAGACCACAGACCACUAUUGAAGAUAUUCGGAGACAGGUCCCUAGACCAAAUCAGUAACACCAGAUUGAGAAAUCUUAAAGAAAAGACCCUGCGAUAUCGGUUCAAAAUGGCUCACAUCCCUGGCGUCAAAAACAGGGCCCCAGAUACACUCUCAAGACACCCCACAGGAGACCAAAAUCCACCCAAAAUGGUCCUUCACGAUGACAUUCACGGCAUACAAGAUGGCACCACUGCCCCUACCCUGCACAUCCCAACACAACUAAUGGCUGGCAUAUGCACAGAGGACCAGCUGCACUCUAUAGAGGUGGAAAACGAACUUCAAGAAUCCUUCAUAUCCUCCCUACACUCGACACACACAGUCAACUGGGAAGAAGUCCAAAUCGCUACAUCUUCAGAUGAACACAUGCUGCUCCUCCUCUCUAUCAUAGAAGAUGGCAUCCCUGAACAAAGACACCAACUACCAGCUGAAAUCAGAGAAUACCAUCAAUUCAGAAAACACCUCUACAGUACAGACGGUGUCGUCAUCUACAAGGAUAGAAUUGUCAUCCCACCUUCACUCAGACCAGUGUGUCUGUCUGCCUUACAUGCAGCCCAUCAGGGGACAUCAGCCAUGACAUCGAAGGCAGAAGCCUCAAUCUUCUGGCCUGGAAUCACAAGCGACAUUCAAGCCACCAGAGCCAAUUGCUCACAAUGCAAUAGGAUGGCCCCAUCACAAGCGGCAUUACCACCAACAUCACCAAUGCUUUCAGUCUACCCCUUCCAAUGCAUAUGUGCAGACUACUUCCAUUACCAAGGCUGCAAUUACAUUGUAAUUAUCGAUCGAUACUCCAACUGGCCCAUUGUGGAAAGGGCCAAGGAUGGAGCCACAGGACUCAUCAACGUCCUACGACACACGUUCGCCACAUAUGGCAUACCGGACGAACUCUCAUCUGAUGGCGGACCGGAAUUCAUUGCCCACACCACCAGGCAACUCCUGCACACCUGGGGAGUCCACCACCGCCUGAGCUCCGUCGCAUACCCACACAGUAACUGUAGAGCUGAAGUAGGAGUCAAAACCAUCAAGAGGCUAAUCACUGGUAAUGUUGGAAAAGAUGGUGCGAUCACUAUUGAUGCAUUCCAGCAGGCCAUACUUCAAUACAGGAACACACCCGACCCCGCCACAAAGCUCUCCCCAGCCAUGUGCAUCUUUGGUAGGCCAACGAAGGAUCUCAUCCCAAUCUUACCCGGAAAAUAUCGCCCACAAUCCACUUGGAGGGAUACUCUCAAUCUUAGGGAAGAGGCCCUUAGAAAGCGGCAUCUGAUACAACAGGAAAAAUGGAGCGAGCAUACCAAACCCCUGACCCCAUUACGUGUAGGAGACACCGUCAGGAUCCAAAACCAAACAGGCCACCAUCCAACCAAAUGGGAUCGUACUGGCAUUGUCAUAGAAGUGCGCCAAUUCCACCAAUACCUAAUUCGCAUCGAUGGAUCAGGCCGACAAACUCUCAGGAACAGAAAGUUCGUGCGGAAAAUAACACCGGUUCAUCAGCCAGCAAUUCAACGCUCCAUCCUAGAUGACCUCACCCAUGUACCCUUCAGCACUACCACACCACCCACUCAACCCCCUUCUCCAUCAUCAGACGAGACUCCGCCUGGGACAGCAGAGGACCAUGUCACACCAGCGGAUCCCAACCCACCUGCAGAUCCCACCCCACCACCUGCAGCUGAACCCCCUCCACCACUCAGCCCCAUUCCAAUCCCCGCCCCUUUAAGACGAUCCACGAGAGUGAAGAAACCUCGUACAUGGCUAUACUAAAGCCUUUAAGUCCCCCUGGUUAAAGUCUUGGGAGGAGAUAGAGAACAUUGACUUUAUAGAUAGGUAGUAUUUACCUUAUUUAAUCAGUUGUACUAAUCAUUGAUUUACGUGAAUAUCUAAUUCUGACUGAGUU